CCGGGAGACGGCCCGAGGGGCGGGGCUGCGCGCCGGCCUGAGGGCGCACUUUGGUCAAAAAGAAGAAAUAACCACUUACAGCUGAAACAUACAGAUUGUCUCUUCCACUCUGGCUAGGCAGGAACAAUGGAGACAUCUGAUGGAGAAAGUUUGGGAGUAGCCACCUCCACCACUUCUGAUGAGUUUGAUGCAGUUGUUGGCUAUCUGGAGGAUAUCAUAAUGGAUGAUGACUUCCAGUUAAUACAGAGGAAUUUUUUGGAGAAGCACUACCAGGAGUUUGAUGACUCAGAAGAAAACAAGCUCAUCUACACAGACAUUUUUAAUGAAUAUAUCUCUUUAGUAGAGAAAUACAUUGAAGAGAAGUUGCUUGAUCGGAUUCGUGGGUUUGAUAUGGUUGCUUUCACAGUGUCAUUGCAACAACACAAAGAUGAAAUGCCAGGUGAUAUAUUUGAUCUGCUUCUCACAUUUACAGACUUUCUGGCUUUCAAAGAAAUGUUCUUGGAAUACAGAGCUGAGAAAGAAGGUCGAAGUCUGGAUUUAAGCAGUGCAUUAGUGGUGACUUCAUUAAACCAUUAAACAAGUCAUUCUGAA